UAGAGUUUCGUCACGAGUUAUAUAAGUUCAAAAUAUAAAUUUAAUGAUUUUUCUUAUUUCUUCCUGCGGCCAUCGAACAUUUUUGAACCAAAGGACUAAUCCCGCCGACACCUGUGCCUCUUCCGGCCAGCUGGACAGAGGGCGCUCGACGGUUCCGCUGCGUGGAUUUAAAAGUAACCGUAAACCGCGUGUAUCACGACCUCGGAGAAUCUGCGAAUUGUAUGCGUUCGUAUGUACGUGCACAACAUAAAUAAAUAAAUCGAGUGAAACAUCAUAGAGAAUUGUCCUUCGCAUGGAUUUAAAAGUAACCGUAAAUCGCGUAUCAUAUAUCUAAGAGAGUCUGCGGAUUGUAAUGUUCGUAGAAUUCAUCAAACUAAGCGACCGUGAAAUCAUAAACACCGGCAGAUCUCAACGGCGGGACUGAGACUCGAGAUCAGGAUGUGCGAUUUGAUAGACCUGAACAGUUCGGACGUGAGGGGAGCAUUAGAACCGGCAAAGUUGGCGUCGCCGUUGAUCCCGGCGCCGAAGAAUAUCGAGUGUGACGAUGGAACGAACUUGGAAUUGGUGACGGAGAAGCGUGAGAGUGAUGGAAACAAUCCAUUCGAUCAAGUGUUGCACGAAACCGUCGAGUACGUCAAUAAGAAGGGUGAUCCCUUCGAGGUAAUGUUACAACGAGCCUUAAGAUCUAAAAGUUUGAGGAACGCACAAUCCGUGGACUUUACAGACGACUUUACACCGAGGAAAAAGAGAUAUUUUAAAACGAUGAACAAGACGUUUGGUAUGCUCGACGAGUCGUUCAAAAGCAGGUUUGGCUUGUUCAAUAGAGACAAGAAGGAAGCAAAGAUCAAGACAAGAAGCGUUGGUAUCGAUAUGAGAAACGCUGACAUUUGUGACAGCGAUACAGCAGAUAGUGUGUGUCUCUCUAAACAGGAACAUAAGAUAUCUAUUGUUGCUUCAGACUCACUUGAGUUGUCUAUCUUAAACCAGUCUGCAAUGAACGACACACUGCUGGAAGGAUUUCCUAAGUCCAAGGAGAGUGACAAGGUGUCACUUUUUCUAGAGAAAGAUAUGGCAUUUGAAGAAUCUGUCUUCCCUUCAAACGUCAAACAUUUAAAACUGUCAGAUACUCAGCGUUCGUUAUCACAAGGAAAAUCACCAACAGAAUUACUGUAUCAGAAUAGAAGAUCGCAAUCCGUAACAGAGGACAAGAGGAAAGUCUUGCAGAGUGACAAUAGCACUAUAUCAUCCUUCCUGGACAGAGGCUUCAUGGAGAGUAGAAGCGAGCAAUCUGUGUUAUCCAGUUUAUCAAAUAUCUCGUCUAUAACAAAAUUGACUUCUGCUUCACUAUCGUCGUCAAUACUGUCGAAUGAUCCUAUGAAUCAUGCUUUCUUGGAUAACAGCUCAUUGAAAAUGAGUCAGGAUAAGAUGAGUACAACUGAAAAUUCUAUGGAAAUGAAGCUGAAGCAGUAUGACUUAUCGGACUUGGCAGAAAGAUUUAACAAAUUGAAAUGCAUUAUGAAUAAUACAACCAAUAUCUCGAGCAUAACGGAGGAAGACUCAAAUUCCAUGAAAGAAGAAAAUAUCAAACGAAUUGCAAAUAAUAAAUUAAUAGAUGUCGAUGUAUUUGUUCCAGAACAAAAUAAAGAAUUUAACAGAAGCUCAUCUUCCACUUGUUCUUCGGACUCUGUAUUCACUAAUACAAGUAAAAUCGAUAAAUCGAUACUGAAAGAAGCCAAGGUACUUGCAAAGACUUUUGAGGAAUUGACAUCGAAAACUGAUUCUGGAUCUAUAGAAGAUGAUUUUAUUUCAAAUAAUACUCUGUGGAUGUCAGAAUUACUACCGGCAUUUGAGGAUGAACCUGUGGUAAAUGAUUUAAUUGAUUUACCUGUGUCGCCAGAAAGAAAUUUAAAAGACAUUAAAAACAGUGAUACAAAGCAAUCUCCUGCAAGUGUCGAUAGCGCGGAAGAGAAUAUAUUUAAAGAAAUGGAAUCACCAUUUACCAAUAGUUCUGUUGUAAAACAAAACAUAACUUCGUUAUUGUUGGAUCUUAGAAAAUUAGUUAAAGAAAGUAACCCGAAAGCUAAAAAAUUACUCGAUGAUCUUGAAAAUAUUUUGGAUAUUAAUUAUAAAAAUAAUACAGAAUUAUUAGUAACUUGUUUCAAUACGUCAAAUAAAUCACAAAGUUCUCUGAAAAUAUCUUCGGAAAGCAUCGAAAGAUUUAAUAAAUCAAGUACAGGUAAAAGUGAAGAAAAAGAAGAUAGUAAAAUAUUAUUUUCAGAAAAGCUUUGUAGUGAUGAAAAAUCGCUGCCAGACAUAAAUACAUUGAGAGAUACAUCACCAGAUAUUGUUAGCAUUGAGAAAUCAUUAAAUAUGUCUUUAUCCUGUAAAGAUAAUAGCGAAGAUUGUAUGAGUACAUCUAACUUAUCAGAACACAGUAAACAAAAAGUAAAGAAAAGUAAAGAAAAAGAUAAUCAAGUAGAUAAAAAGGUAGCGAUAGAACUGUUGAUAAAUCUUAAAAAAUUAUUGAGUGGUCAGGCUGAAAAAACCGCAUUAAAUAGCACUGAAAAUGAAAUGCAAGCAAAUUACAUUGAAAAGCAGAAUAUUCAACAGACUACACCUGUACGAAAUCGUCAAGAAUCUAGUCGUAAUGUGCAUUCGUCUACACUUUCGACAAAAAUGGUGCAUAGACGAAGCUUGGAGUCAAAAUCUAAAAAGAUAGAUAGAAGAAGUAUAUCCGCAAUUGAGUCAUCGCCCAAAAACACGCAAGUAUGCAGACGUAAGAAUACAUCUGAAUCUGAGAACCGUCAGAAACGUUUUUCAAGCGAUCCCGGAUUUAUUAACAAUUUAUCAAAUAAAAAACUUAUGCCAGAAGCGUAUAACUCAAGAAAGGCAGAAGUUGCAAAGUCUGAUAGCGGAAAAGAGAAAUCCAUUGCUAUAAGCGACGUUAAAAAUAAACUGAAAAAGAGAUCAGACGUAAUUAAUAAAAGAGGUCCUAUGAAAGCAGUGCAUCCUCUAGAUAAUAUACAGAAAAGAAGAGCAUCAUUUGGGAGACAGGCGCCAUCUUCUCAAAUCACUACGCCACCAAAAUCCGACAAAGCUAUUCCAUCGGAUAAUAAAAUAAUCAGCAGCACCCCAAAUUCGACGGAUAAUUAUUACAUGCCUAAGAAACCUUCAAAAUCCAAACCGAUAGCCUCGUCAACACCAGACGGCCAAAAUAGCAAGAGUGUACCGUUGAUAUCCGCUAAUAAAAAGCGUAACCUUUCCUGCGAUAUCUCGCCGGUGACUACGCAUGUAAACAUGUUGAACAGCGAUGAACAGAAGAAUAGUCCUAAAAGAAUGUCUAAGCUGCCAACGCCGAAGAAAUGUACAACACCUACGCGUCAGCAAACGGACGGUAUUCCGAGGUUCCUGACGCCACCGAGGCAUUAUUCGUUCAAUACAAAUAAUCUGCAAUCGCCGCAGCGCUUGAACAAGAGCUUAAUCAGUUUUCAGCGGUACUCCCCUGCGAAUGAGAAGAAUGUCGGAAAGACAAUACAGCAGAGUCCGCUGAAGGAAACUAAUAGAAUCACACCGAAAGUUAAACCAUUUAACUUGGUUUCCAAAAUUAAGCGACAUAGUAUCAGCAAUUUUGCCGAGAAGGAGAAUAAUUAUGUGCGAGAUUGAAGUGAAAAAAAGGAGCAAAUCGAAACGACCGCGCCGUUGUGAUAUUGAUAGUAUAUCGGAGCUUGCUUCAUUGAAAAAAUUGUCGUAAGACGUACGGUUUUUGUUUUAUACUCUUGUGAUAAUAUUUAUAUGUUUUAUAAUAAAAUGUGUGAUUCGACUGUUCGCGAGUCUUAAAGUAAUCUCAUUAGAGCGUUUUUGUACAAACAUUAUGUGUAUCCUCGAAUUUAUUUACGCAAUUUAUUUUCUUCUUACAUUAGGCCUUUAUUACACCUCUCUCAUAUGUUUGUGCAUACGCUAAUUAUUCAAUUGCUACAAGCUUAUUAUGAGACCUACAGUUUUAAUACCGGUUCCGAACGGCGGAUUUUUCGAGAGGUGUUUUUGUGGAUAUUCUCGGGAGAUUUUCGGCCUUUUCCGAGAGGAGACACGAGCAUAGAUAUUUUGAUUUCCUACUGGGAUCGAUCGAACCCGGGAUCUCUGGUAUGAUAGACCAACGUGCUGUCUGUCAUGCCACGCUCGCGCUCACACACUUUAUCAAAAUAAUUUAAAAUAAUAAAAAAAAAGAAGAAGAAAAAGAAGAAGUGAUGCGUACCUUUUUUUAACGGUCAUUUUCAUAAAGCAUUUUUAGAAUGCUUAAAGCUUUUUAGAAUGGAUAAAGCCUCUCAGACCGUAUAAUGUUUAUUUCGUUUUGAUAAAAAAGAAAAUAUGAUUUUAUAUUUUUGUCUAUAAGCUGGCGCGUAAAAAAUGUACAAGUUGCGCAUCACUGGUUUAAAACAAUGCAAUAAUGAAAUCCCAGGUUUAUGAAAAAAUUAAUGAGAUUCGACGAGGCGAAUUAUAUUAUUAAUUACUAAGGAUAUAACUCUGAUAAUUUUGAAAAUGUUCCAAUAACAUGCUUUAAAAAUUGAUUUCCCCUUCACUUCCUCCCAGCUAUGUACUUAAUGAUUUAUUGAUUGUAGCAUAAAAUCUAAUGUUCGGAUGCGUAGUGCCAAUUGAAAAUACUUGCUUAAUAUGAAAAACUGUUAUACGUUUUUGUACGCGGCAUUAAAAAAAAAAUGUUGACAUCCGUUCGCGUGGAAUCCGUGAUUAAAAUUUAAAAUUGAAAAGGUUGCGGCUGAUCCGUGUGAUUCGUUCCACGCAUGCGCUGCCCCCUCCCCACUUUUGUACGCACGCAUGCGUAUGCGCGCGCAGAAUCAUAUGAUCGCCUCGGUCCUCGCCGCCUUCGGUCGACGGCGACGCCGCGGAUUUCGGAAACGGCAGAUGCAGCAUUGUAUCCGAGGCUGAAUUUGUGGGCGUCACGUGCUUUCCCGAAAAUUUUCUUUUUUUUGAGAACUUGGGUGAGUUAAUAUCGAAAUUUGAAAUACUGAUACUCUUCUUUGACUUUCACAUUCUACUUUCAACGUAAUUCAAGUAGCUGCGCUGGAGAAUUGACGCUCUGGUGGAGAUCGCGAUCGAAUUCCGAUCAAUCUAAUCAUUAGUUAAUUUACUACAUAACGCGCAUUGUAAUCCGUUCAUGUUCAUUUCUGCUAAUGUAGUAUUAAUCUGGUUUAACUUAGUUUUUAGCUUUCUUCAACUCUCUAAGAAUAAGAAAAAAAUAAAGAGUAAAUUAAAUCGAGACUUACCCUAUA